UAAUACAUAUUAUUGACUAAAAACUGAUAACAAAAUGUGCCCUCAGUGUAUUAAUUAAUUGUCGACCGAUUUUAGUGUAUUAUAGAUCGGCAACGGACACGGAGUUGUUUGUUCUGAAAAAAAAAAUUAAAAAAAUAUUUAAAAAAUUUUUAAUAAAUUUUAAACCCAGUGAAAUUUUAAAUUUAAAAAAAUUAAAUAAAAAAAAAUAAUUAAAAAAAAUAAAAAAAAAAUAAUUAAAUAAAUAAAUAAAAACUAAAAAUAGAAUUAAUUCUAUAAAAAAAAAACAAAAAUCAAAGGUCGAAUUUUGUGUAAAAAAAAAUUUGAUCAACAGACUAAAGCAUGAAGUUGGAAACACUUGACAAAAUCUCAGCAUUCCUCGCUGAAUUAAUUGGCACGGGUUUGAUCACAUUUGCCGGUUGUAUGGGUUGUGUGGCAUUGGACAGCAACAAUCCUCCAUCGCAUUUGCAAAUUUGUCUGGCAUUUGGAUUGAUUAUUAUGUUUAUUAUCCAGAUUUUUGGUGCUGUUAGCGGAGCUCAUCUUAAUCCUGCUGUUACCGCCGCUGCAUUUAUCUACAAAUUAAUCGACAUCAAAAUGGCUGGAGUAUACAUGGUUGCUCAAUGUCUUGGCGGUUUCAUGGGAUUCGGCUUAUUAAAACUUGUUACUCCAGCAACUUCUUUCGAGCGAGCUGAUGGCGCCGCAGGAGUUUGUACAACGAUGCCCGCUGCCAGCGUCACAGACUUCCAAGCUGUGAUGGUCGAAUUCAUGGCAACAGCUGUUUUGAUUCUCGUUUGUUGCGGCGUUUGGGAUCCCCGAAAUGCCAAAAACACAGAUUCGAUUCCCUUGAGAUUCGGUUUCACAAUUACCGCAUUGGCUUUGGUUGCUGGCCCAUACACCGGAUGCAGCAUGAAUCCCGCAAGAAGUUUGGGACCUGCGAUCUGGAAUCAAGAUUUCAAAGGACAUUAUAUUUAUUGGGUUGGUCCAAUGGCAGCUGGAAUCCUCGUAACACUUGUCUACAAAACCGUCUUCUGGCGUGACGUUCCAAAGGAAAAUAAGAGACAACCCGAGGAAUUUCCCUUGUCGGAGAAAAAUGCUGCUUAACUCGAUCUAAAUACUCUUCACUUCAUUGCCAUUUCAACACAGUGAACUUGAACUUAAUUAAAAAUAAAAAAGCAAAAAAAUGUAAAAAAGACAAAAAUAAAGUGAAAAAUUAUAAAAUUUUA